GCCCUGGGGCAUCACCGGGUGGCCAUGUCCUCACCACCUGAGGUCAGUGCCCUGCCACCACCCCUUUUCAUGGGCCAUCGUCAGCUUUGAUUCUCUUACUCAGUGUGGCUUCCCAUGGUCCCCCACUGCUCGUGCCCAUCUUCAGAGGGUGGAGAAGGGGCUGGUUGAAGGGUCCAGGGAUCAUCCUUUCACUGUUGUCCCCUCAACUCCCACAUCAGGCUCAUGUGAGAAGCUGAGGCCCAGCUCUUCAAGGCUCGCUCUUCACAUUUCACCAGUCCCGAGUCCCAUGACCUCCCAGCAGCCUAACUCUGGUUCUUGGUGACACUCUGAAGCAGAAGCCUAUCUCCUCUCCAUCUCAGCCUCCACCCCUACCUCAAAGGACUGUGUGUCUGGGAGCCCCGGGCAGCCUUGCCUCUUGACAGCUGUGGGGUGCUGGGGUGCCUGAGGCAGCAUUUCCCUGUGCCCUGCAGCCUAGGAGUUCCUGGGGCAGGAGGUAGGGGAGGGACUGGGGGUUGGAAAAUGUCAAGCAGAGCCGUAGAGAACAGGAUGUGACUUGUCUCCUAAACUAGUACGAGUCUAGUUUUCCACAUCAGGAAAACCCCUGUGGGAUUGGAGUGGACAGUGUUCCUAACACAUCCUCUAAACCCAGUUUCGUGCCCUUACCUCCCUGGCUCUGUCCCCAGCUCUGCCAUCCUGCUGACCACAGAAGUCACAAACCUCAGUCACUUAGGUUUUGUCCUUCACACUUGAUAUACGCAUGCAUUGGGUCACCAUUCUUUCUUUUUCUGCCUCCAUGACCCUGGCAGUGAGUGCCUCACUGCACUUCAUCCUAGUCCUAGCCCUGCCACAGCCCCAGCUCCAUUUAUUCCAUCAGCGACCAGGCUGGUGUUGCUGGAGCAAGUGCCAGGCCAUUUGCCCUCUUCCCCGGGAAGUGCCCUUCUUUUAGGGCAAGGGCACCAGUUCAUGUUUCACGGUCUUUGCUUGGCUCUGAGAGGUUCCUGCAGACAAGUCUGGGCAGUGCCAUCAGUGCAGUUCCCGUGGUGUGGCUCACAUGGGACCAGGCAUAGCUGAACUGAGCUUGUGGAGCUCCAAGAAGGGCGAUUACGAAAAGCAGGGCUCUUCAGGCUUCCUGGAAGCCAGGUAGGGGAAUCUAGACCAUCUGGUGAACCUAGACCUGCAGCUCUGGCCAAGGGGCUGGGUUGAGAGAAGUGAGAAUCUGAGUUCAGGUGGUUCUGGGCAGGUGUUGGCUCAGUGGUUGGGGGAGUAGGGAGCCUGAGAAAGAUCAGGGUGUGGAUGGGCUGGAGUGACAUUGAACAUGAAAUGGUCAAAGUAAUGCAACAUGUCGGGGUCCCCAGUGCCUAGGACAGUUGUCCCCUUGAAUAUCAAUGUGAUCUGUGAAAGAGACUUUCUUACCCUUUGUGACCAUGGGAAGGUGAGACUAAGGAUAGACCAAAGCCCCCACCCAGUCUAAUACCAUCUGGAGAGUAGGAUGUGCCAGGAGCUGCUGCCCACUGUGAACUCUGGCUCAGGCCCGGGGGGGCAGGAACCUGCCAGGUGGCAUGUCUGUGUGUGCUCACUGUCCAUAUAGCCUACUUUGAAUGACUCGGUUAGAAUAAAAGUGAAAGUGAAAUGGGGUGCGGGGCCAGUGCUUUCCCAGAAGGAUUUCACUCUAUCCUGCCUUUCCCAGAACCAACUCUGGCAGUGAAGAGAGCCUCGUCUCCCUCUGUGACUGGAGGAGGAAGUUCAUCACAUACAUAUAUAGAGCCAGGCACGCCAGCUCCUGACACAUACAUCAUGACCACGAGAUGGAACUGGACACCAGACACCAGCCCUUUGUGGGUCCUAUUCCUGUGUGCCCACAUCAUCUGCUAUUUGGCCAGAGCCACGCCCAUACUUCAGACCGUCACAGCUGCCACGACCUCAGGUGGGAUCACAAAAGACCCUUCUUCCUCCCGACCCCCAACUCUCACAACAGCUAAGUGCUGCCCAGCAUUGGAGGUGACCUGGCCAGAAGUGGAAGUCUCACUAAAUGGAACGCUGACUUUGUCCUGUACCGCCUACAGCUGCUUCCACCACUUCAGCAUCCUUUACUGGCUGGGCAAUGGUUCCUUCAUAGAGCAUCUCCCAGGCCGGCUGUGGGAGGGCAGCACCAGCCGGGAGCGCAGGGGCACAAGCACCCAGCUGUGGAAGGCCUUGGUGCUGGAGGAGCUGAGCCCGGCCUUGCGCAGCACCAACUUCUCUUGUGUUUUUAUGGAUCCUGAGCACAUUGUCCAGCGUCACAUCAUCCCAGCCCAUCUCUUGGCUGGGCUGAGGAGAGUUGUGCCCCCUACUGAAGAAGCCCUCCAGAGGGUCCCCUCUGCCUCACCAUCCUGACAGGUGAACUCUAAAGCCUGGUUGAAAUGCCACCUCAUCAUUUAGGUCUAGGCUGUCUCUCAGCUCAGGCCACAUUCUGCAGCAACUGAAUGUUAUAUGUUAUACAGGCAUACCUCAUUUUACUGUGCUUCCUGGAUAUUGCACUUUUUACAAAUUGAAGGUUUGUAAAAACCUUCCUCUGUGUUGAGGAAAUCUAUUAGCACCAUUUUUCCAAAUAGCAUUUGCUCAUUUCAUGUCACAUUUUGGUAAUUCUCGCAAUAUUUCAAACUUUUUCAUUACUGUAUUUGUUAUGAUCUGUGAUCUGUGAUGUUGCUUUUGAAAUUGUUCUUAGGUGCCAUAAACUACAGUAUCUAAAUGAACUUAAUUGAUAAAUGUGUGUUUUCUGACUGCUCUGCCAACUGGCUUUUCGCCAUCUCUCUCCCUAUCCUUGGGCCUCCCUGUUCCCCCAGACAUGCAACAUUGAAAUCAGGCCACUCAUUAACCCUAUAAUGGCCUGUAAGUGUUCUAGUGAAAGGAAGAGUCACUUGUCUCUCACUUUAAAUCAAAAGCUAGAAAUGAUUCAGCUUAGUGAGGAAGGCAUGUUGAAAGCUGAGAUAGGCCACAAGCUAGGCCUCUUGCACCAAAGGCCAAGUUGUAAAUGCAAAGGAAAAGUUCUUGAAGGAAAUUAAAAAUGCUACUCCAGUGAACACAUAGUAGUAAGAAAGCAAAAGAGCCUUAUUGCUGAUAUGGAAAAUUUUAAUGGUCUGGAUAGAUGAAAUCAGCUACAACAUUCCUUUAAGCCAAAACCUAAUCCAGAGUAAGACCAUAAUGCUCUUCAAUUCCACGAAGGCUGAGCAAGGUGAGGAGGCUGCAAAAGAAAAGUCGGAAACUAGCAGAGGUUGGUUCAUGAGGUUUAGGGAAAGCUGUCUCCAUAAUAUAAAAGCACAAGGUGAAGCAGCAAGUGGUGAUAUAGAAGCUGCAGCAAACUGUCCAAAAGAUCUAAGAUAAUGAAGGUGGCUACACUAAACAGAUUUUCAAUGUAGAAGCAGCCUUCUUUUGAAAGAAGAUGCCAUCAAGGACUUUCAUAGCUGGAAAUGAGAAGUCAGUGCCUGGCAUCAGAGGGUCUAACGCAGCUGCUGACUUUUAAGUUAAAGCCAGUGUUCAUUUACUGUUAAUCUUAAAGCCCUUAAGAAUUAUGCUAAAUCUGUUCUGCCUGUGCUGUUCUCUGCAAAUGAAACACUGAAGUCUGCAUGACAGCACAUCUGUUAACAUUAUGGUUUACUGAAUAUUUUUAGCCCAUUGUUGGAACCUACUGCUCAGACAAAAAAGAUUCCUUUCAAAAUAUUACUGCUCAUUGACAAGCACCUGGUCACCCAAGUGCUCUAUUGGAGAUGUAUGAAAUUAAUGUUUUCAUGCUCGUUAACACAUCUUGCAACCCAUGGAUCAGUGAGUAAUUUCAACUUUCAGGUUUUUGCCAUAGUGAUUCCUCUGAUGGAUCUUGGCAAAGUAAAUUAAAAACUUGAAAAAGAUUCACCAUUCUAGAUGCUAUUAAGAACAUUUGUGAUUUGUGGGAAGAGGUCAAAAUAUCACCAUUAACAGGAGAUUGGAAGAAGUUGAUUCCAACCAUCAUAGAUGACUUUAAGGAGUUCAAGACUUCAGUGGAGGAAGUAACUGCAGAUGUAGUGGAAAUAGCAAGAGAAUUAGAAGUGGAGCUUGAAGAUAUGACUAAAUUGCUAGUCUCAUGAUAGAGCUUUAAUGAGGAGUUGCUUCUUAUGGAUGACCAUAGUAGUUCCUUGAGGUAGAAUCUACUCCUGGUGAAAAUUCUGUGAAGAAUGUUGAAAUGUCAACAAAGGAUUCCAGGGGUGUCCAAACUUUUGGCAUCUCUGCACCACACUGGAAGAAGGGUUGUCUUGGGCCACAUAUUAAAUAUGCUGCAACACAUAAAUCACAAGUCUCAAAAGUAAAUUUACAAUUUUGUGUUGGGCCACAUUCACAGCCAUCCUGGGCUGCAUGUGGCCCACAGGCUGCAGGUUGGACACCCGUUAAAUUACAUAAACUUAGUUGAUAAAGUAGCACAAGGUUUGAGAGGAUUGACUCCAGUUUUGAAAUACGGUCUGUGGGUAGAACGCUGUCAAACAGCACCGCACACUAUAGAGAAAUCAUCUGUGGAGGAGUCAAUCAAUGCCACAGACUUCAUUUUCUCAUUUUAAGAAAUUGUCCCAGCCACCCCAACCUUCAGCAACCACUUCCUUUAUCUGUCAGGAGCCAACGUCAAGGCAAGACCUUCCACCAGCAAAAACACUGCAAACCACUGAAAGCUCAGGUGGUAGAUAGCACUUCUUAAUCAAUGUACAUUGUUUCUUAGAAGUGCUAUUGCACACUUAAUAGACUACAGUAUAAUGUGAACAUAAUUUUUAUAUACACCUGCGAACCAAAAAAAAUUGUAACUCGCUUUAUUGUGAUGCUCACUUAUCACAGUGGUCUGGAACUGAACCUACAAUCUCUCUAAGCUAAACCAGUAUUUUUUUCCCCCUCAAAUAGACUGUCUGAGGGAUAUGGGCAGAGGCUG